CUGCCGUGGGAACUCUAUGGUCCCGGUUCGGUCAUGCUGUGGACGUGCCCGCUCGUUGCGGCCGCCCGGUGCCCGGUGCGGCUUUCCCGGCCCUGCCCGCGCCCCGGCCCGCUGCUGCUCGGGAUCCUCUGCCGGCAGGUGCGGGCAGCGGCGGGCUCAGCCGGUGUUGAGUGUGGCCCGGCUCUGAAGACGCCCAAGGGCACCCGUGACCACCACCCCGCGCAGAUGGCGCUCCGCGAGCGGCUCUUCGGCACCGUGGUGGCGUGCUUCAAGCGGCACGGGGCGGCCGCCAUCGACACCCCCGCGCUGGAGCUGCGGGAAACGCUGAUGGAGAAGUAUGGAGACAACUCAAGGCUCAUCUAUGAGCUGCAGGAUCAGGGAGGAGAACUGCUGGCUCUGCGCUACGACCUGACUGUGCCCUUUGCUCGCUAUUUGGCAAUGAACAAAAUCACCAACAUCAAGCGCUACCACAUCGCCAAGGUGGCCGGAGGUGGUCGCUACGAUGGUCUGGUGGGAAUGUUUGAUCCCAAGGGACGGAAGGUGCCAUGUGUGGGGGUCAGCAUUGGCAUUGAGCGGAUCUUCUCCAUCCUCGAGCACAGAAUAAAGGCUUCAGGGGAGAAAGUCCGAACAACUGAGACACAAGUGAUGGUGGCUACACCUCAGAAGCAUUUACUUAGUGCAAGACUGAAGCUCAUCUCUGAGCUCUGGGAUGUAGGAAUCAAGGCAGAAAUGAUGUACAGGAAGGAUCCUAAGCUGCUAAAACAGCUGCAGUAUUGUGAAGACAUGGGGAUCCCCCUUGUUGCCAUUAUAGGAGAGGAGGAGCUAAGAGAUGGAGUUGUCAAGCUGCGAGAUGUCGCAACAAGAGAGGAGGUUGAUAUCCCAAGAGAAGAGCUUGCUGCUGAGAUCAGAAGAAGGCUGGAGUCCUAGGAGUCUUCUGUCUGGAGCUGCACAACUGGAAAUCCCACUGUCCCUAACCUUCCUGCUGAAGUCUCCUCACUACCCACUGGGAUUAGGAUUCUGUGCCAGACGCAGGCCGUGGCAGUGGACAAUCUGCUCAGAAGGAGCAAGCAGGUUUUGAAAAUCAUGUAUGGUGCUAUGACCUGGUUAACUGCUGAGGGCCAGGCCCAGCUUCCGUGCUCUGAAGCAGUGUGAAGUGAGGCUGUGCAGGGUACCAGGGGUGGUGGACAAGGUGGCACAGUGAUGGCAGGCAGAUGUGACCCAGCGGCUCGAGCCAGUGAAAGCUGAGUCCCUGCUGGGUCCGGGGCCAGGCUGCCCGUGUGUGGCAGCACCUCUGCCUGACCGAGGGAGCUGUGCAGCUGCUGGGAAACUGAAACACAGCCUGUGAGCGCUGUGAGGGGCCGGCCUCGGUCUGCAGCCAGGCAGGCGCUGACGGCAGCCGGCACGGCGAGUCUGGCUUGUGGUGUCCCUCUGCCGCGGGCUGUCCAGUCACGGCCGGGCCUGCUCCGAAAGCACGGGGGCUGCAGGUGCUCCUACAGGGGGCAGGCGAGUAGGUAGCCACCGCUGGGGUGGCGCUGAAACCCUUUCGUACUGCUUCUUUAAAAAUAAAACAAAAAGAAAGAAA